AUGUGCCAGUUCAUCCAAGUGCAAGAGUUUUGUCCGUGCCCAGCCGAUGACAAGUGCCGGCGCAUCGACGAGUCGGUGUCGACGCCGUACGGGCCGCGCCACUGUGUCAACCAGACGGCGCUGGUGACGAUCGUCUGCAAGCCGCGGCGGUUCAUCAUGUCGCAUGCGGCCUUUGCGGCGCGCGAGUGCCCCAACACGUCCGAGGGGUCGAAGAAGGGCCCCGGGGGCGACAGCUGCCUGAACUUUCUGUAUGACGUCUGGGCGGCCCGUGACACAAACUGCUGCGCGGCAAGAGUCGGUGUAUGGCGUGUUGUCUUGCUGUAG